AUGCAAAACCAGACAGUGGUGAAUGAGUUUAUCCUCUUGGGCCUAACUGAUCUCCAGGGACUGCAGUGUUUUCUUUUUGCUCUCUUCCUACUACUCUACAUAGCCAGUCUUCUGGGGAAUGGUGUCAUUGUGACAGUGGCAAGAACUGAACCCCGACUUCACACCCCCAUGUACUUCUUCCUAGGCAACCUCUCCUGCUUGGAUAUCUUCUAUUCUUCAGUCACUGUGCCCAAGAUGCUGACUGGCUUCAUUUCAGGGGACUGGGGCAUUUCUUUCACUGGUUGCCUGGCUCAGCUCCAUUUUUUCCACUUCCUGGGCAGCAGUGAGGCUGUGCUGUUGGCUGUCAUGGCUUAUGACCGUUAUGUGGCUAUCUGCAACCCUCUACGCUACAUGCUUGUCAUGAGCCAAAAAACCUGCCUUCUGCUGGCAGUAGUUACUUGGACCACUGGCUUCCUGCAUGCCCUGAUACACUCAGUUAUGACCUCUCAACUGGACUUCUGUGGUCCCAAUCACAUCCACCAUUUUUUCUGUGACAUCAAGCCCCUGCUGAGCUUGGCUUGUGGUAGCACCCACCUCAACCUGAGCCUUCUGAACAUUAUCACUGGAGGCAUUGUGGUGGGUCCCUUUUGCCUCACAUUCCUCUCUUACCUCUACAUCAUCUCCUUCCUCCUCGUGAAGGUACAUUCUCAGGAAAGCAGGAGAAAAGCCUUCUCCACCUGUGCUUCUCACCUCACAGUGGUGUCUCUUUUCUAUGGGGCAGCCAUUUUGACCUAUGUACCUCCUUCUUCAGGAAAUUCUCCUAAAUGGGACAUGGCUAUCAUCCUUAUCUACAGUGUGAUCACUCCUGUUCUGAACCCUGUAAUCUACACCCUAAGAAACCAAGAGGUUAAAUCUGCCCUAAGAAAAACCCUUCAAAGGAAAAUCUUUCUUGAAAGGUUAUGA